AUGCCCAACUCAAUGGCUCUCACGCCUUACGGCUCAAAUGGAAGUACAGACCUCACAAUGGCUGUCCUUGGCUGUGGUACUAUGGGUGUUGCCAUUCUCAGUGGUAUUUUGAACUCUCUCGCAGAGAUGCAAGGACCCAAGCCCCUCCAGACUUUGACUUCAUCGCCCGGCGACGAGGUUCCUGAUCGACUUCCCUCACGUUUCGUCGCCAGCGUAGCCACUCCUGCUGGUGCUAAGCGCGUCAAGGGUGCCCUUUGGGAGCACUCGUCUAUUCUCAAGGUUGUCCACAACGACAACAUUGGUGCUGUUCAGCAAUCUGAGGUCGUCAUCCUCGCAUGCAAGCCGUGGAUGGUCAAGGAGAUUCUCACCGAGCCUGGUAUUUCAAAGGCUUUGCACGGCAAGCUCCUCAUCAGUGUCUGUGCUGGUAUCACUGUUGAGGAUAUCGAGAUCGCUCUCCAUGGUGCUGUGCCCUGCAAGGAUCCCGAGGAGGAUGGCCGAUGCCGCAUUGUCCGUGCCAUGUGCAACACCGCUGCCGUUAUCCGCGAAUCCAUGACCGUCAUUGCAUCCCCCAACUCUCCUCUCGACCACGCCACUGAGAGCCUUGUCACCUGGAUUUUCAAGCGCAUCGGCGACGUCGUCUACCUGCCAACCCGACACAUGGACGCAUCAACAGCUCUGUGCGCAUCAGGUCCUGCCUUCUUCGCCCUCGUCCUAGAGGCUGCCAUUGACGGUGCGGUUGCCAUGGGUAUUCCCCGCCCAGAUGCUCAGCGCAUGGCCACACAGUCUAUGAGAGGUACUGCUGGCCUUGUCCAGAACGGUGAGCACCCUGCUCUUCUCCGCGAGAAGGUCUGCACAUCCGGAGGCUGCACUAUUGGCGGCGUCUUGGUUCUUGAGGAGGGCAAAGUCCGUGGUACCGUCUCAAGAGCUGUCCGUGAAGCCGCCGUUGUUGCUGGACAGAUCGGCAAGGGAGCCGAGGGUGUGAAUGGAACAAGGUUCCACUAUGAGUAA